AUGCGGCAUUCUGAUAUAUCGAGUCCUACCACCAUAAGCUCGACCGCCGCUGAGACGUCAGAGUCGGCCAUGAAUAGUCCGCGAUUUUCAUCGCCAGCUUCAUCACCAACGGCUGAAUCAAUUCUUAAAGUCGUCCUCAUUGGCGACUCUGGUGUGGGAAAGUCGAACCUUGUUAUGCGUUUUACCAAGAAUAAGUACAUGCCGCACAGCUUGCAGACCGUGGGUUUUGAAUUUGCCACCAAAAAUAUUCGAGUUGGGGAUCGCCGACUGAAGGCACAGAUUUGGGACACUGCAGGGCGAGAAAGAUUUCAUUCACUUACUGCUGCUUAUUAUCGAAAUGCGGUUGGCGCUAUGAUAGUCUACGAUAUCACUAAUCGUAGCUCAUUCGAGCAUAUUACCGGAUGGCUAGCUCAGGUGCAUGAACACUCUCACGAAAGUCUCGUGCUCGUACUUGUUGGAAAUAAAUGCGAUCUUGCUCACUUGCCAAAUAGUCGAGAAGUGUCGACGCUUGAAGCUGCGAGAUUUGCAGCGAAGUACUCAAUGGAAUUUCUUGAGACGUCAGCUUUAGACACCACAAAUGUUGUGGAUGCUUUUAAGAAGCUUAUUGUUCCAGUUGGUCGUUUACUAUCGCCAACCAAGCCAAAGAAAAUAGCACGACUUCCGCCUGGAUGGCGACGUGUCUUAUCAAGGACCAGACCAGGUGAACACUCAUAUGAGAAUCAAUACACAAAGGAGCGCAUUUCGUUUGUGCCAAAAGAGCCGGCAAAGCCCUCUCAGCAAAGCUUUCGACCUCCUCCAAGUAAAAACAAAGAUGGACUUCACAGUAAUGUCACGGUAACUCGUGAAAGUCUUCGUAAGCAACAUCAAAAGGCGUAUCUCACACAGAAUCAGACGCCGCAGUGCGGUGUCUGUACAAAUGACUGCACUAUCUUGUAG